CACUGUGAAGUUUAGGUCCUGUUCUUCCCAGUGUCAUUGGCGAAUGACCGAAGAUGUCUCAUAGUAGAUUGUUUGCACGUUUGCUCUCGCAGCAGAACAGUGUUAGGCACUGCUACACUGAGUCACGAAAGCACCUCUAUAUUAACAAGGACACUAAGGUCAUUUGCCAAGGCUUCACUGGAAAACAGGGGACAUUUCACAGUCAGCAGUCUCUGGAUUAUGGCACCCGGCUAGUUGGAGGUGUAUCCCCAGGGAAAGGGGGUAAAACUCACCUUGGGUUGCCUGUCUUCAACUCUGUAAAGGAGGCUAAAGAUGGAACUGGAGCAGAUGCCACUGUUAUCUACGUGCCUCCUCCCUUUGCUGGCGCUGCUAUCGCAGAGGCUAUUGAUGCUGAGAUUCCACUGGUUGUGUGCAUCACAGAAGGUAUUCCACAGCAGGAUAUGGUACGGGUAAAACACAAACUGAUCCGCCAAAACAAAACCCGUCUCAUUGGCCCAAACUGCCCAGGAGUGAUCAAUCCUACAGAAUGCAAGAUUGGUAUUAUGCCUGGCCACAUUCACAAGAAGGGGAGAAUUGGUAUUGUAUCUAGAUCUGGCACUUUGACUUAUGAAGCUGUACAUCAAACCACACAAGUUGGUCUGGGACAGUCUCUGUGUAUUGGAAUUGGUGGAGAUCCUUUCAAUGGAACAAACUUCAUCGACUGCCUUGAGGUCUUUCUGGAGGAUCCGAAAACAGAGGGAAUUAUUCUGAUAGGAGAGAUUGGAGGGAAUGCAGAGGAAGAUGCAGCAGAGUACCUCAAACAGCACAAUUCUGUAAGAAGUUUCAUGGGUGCUAAUGCUAAGCCUGUGGUAUCAUUUAUUGCUGGUUUGACUGCUCCCCCGGGCAGGCGAAUGGGACAUGCUGGGGCCAUUAUUGCAGGAGGGAAGGGAGGAGCCAAAGAGAAGAUUGCUGCUUUGCAAAGUGCUGGUGUGGUGGUCAGCAUGUCUCCUGCCCAGCUUGGCAGCACCAUGUUCAAGGAAUUUGAAAAGAGGAAGAUGUUGUAAAUUUCUUACCAGGAAAACCAUACCUGUCUCUGUGUGCCUCUGUUGUCCGCUGUUGUACCAUUCUCAGAAGAGGCUGCAUUUCCCUCUAAGCCAUAUGCGUAUGGUUUUAAAUAUGUUGUUUCAAUCUGUAUGCUAAGUACACCUGAAAAAAAUAAUACAUUUAUCAAUUAAAGUUGAACAGCUUGUUGUUUUUUUUUUUUAAUCCCCUUUCCUGCAUUAUUAUUAUAAUAAAGAUU